GGAGUGAUGUUUGCAAAAGGAAGACAUAAACAUUGCGAAGAAGAAAAACACUUCCGCACAGUCACAGUGUACAUGCAGCCAACCUGUCAACUGUAGGACCUGUUACAAAAUGGCAAAACAAAAAGACAAAAGACGAGAGAAAAUCAGCGUCGCCACUGAGAUUGACCGUUUGGAGGAGCGGAGGGCACGUUGCCAGGACAACUUGGAGAGGGCGGAGUUCAGGAGCAGAAAGGAGAAUCUCUCUGAGAAGGAGAGGCAAGAACUGGAAGAUGAAAUGGUAAUCCUGAAUGAAAGGGUGCAAAAGUUAGACAAGGAGCUGGUGAUGUUAAGAGGAGAGAAUCGGAAGAACAUGCUACUGUCAGUCGCUCUGCUUGCUAUCAGUGCUCUUUUCUACUAUGUCUUCCUCUACAAUGAAGAGGAAUCAUGAGGCCACACAGUAUCUUAAAGGGACCUACCACUCAAAGAGCGACAACCUGCAGACACAUGAAAAGAGGCUGAAGAGCUGUGUUGGUGAAAUACCUUGGUUCUGCCUCCAGAUGGCAUCAUUUCCUUUUGGUUCCAUCUCAUCUGGUCAUCAAACUGGUUUUAUCCUGCACAGUCCAAAACCCCACCACAGCUUCCACAACUGUGAAAUUGGUGUUUUGACCAUAUUUGAAUACUUAAUAAUGACAUUCUGCGUUGAUCAGUAUACUCUGUCAGUGUACAUAAAUAUGUGUUACUUCUCUUUAGUUUAGUUUUUUUCUAUGUCACUUUUGAAAGUACAAUUAUUUUGCAAAUCUCAAUACAAGCUGGAACUUGGUAGUAUGACAUCGUCACUACACAUAUUAUGUGAACAGAAAAAAAAGACAAAAAAGGCUGUUGGCUAUUUCACCAGCAUUUAUGACACUGUUUGGAUAGUUAUACCUGGCUAUCAGGUGACAAUAUUGAAUAUUCAUCAGUGUGUGACUUGUCUGUUGUCCCAUGAUAGUCCCAACCCACGUGCUGGACAUCUGUACACUACUGCAGGUGACUAGGAUUGUACCACCUGUAAACCAUCAGUUGUGUUAUAUUAAGGUAAAGCAAGACAGCGCCUUUAGUUUUUUCCUCAGUUUGCGUAUAGUCACAUUUUUAUUUUCGUUGCUGUGCAAAAGACCUUACUGUUUAUCAUGAUAUUCAACAUGAAGAAGUAUUUAUAGACAGUUUGUCACGUAAACAAUCAGUAAACUACAAAGUUUGCCUCAUGCCACAAAUAAACCAAUGUAAUAUUGCUAUAUUUUAUAUAAUAUUUUGAAUAGAUUCUUUGUGCCAAUCAAGACUGCUUUUCAGUGUCAUAGGCUGUAAAUGAAUAUCCUAUAGAUAAUAGUGCAUGGUCCACAUACUGUACAUGCACAUGUCAGACAGUUAAAUGGAUGGAAAUGCUGCAAUAAGGGGCAUUAAGGGAUUUACAGAGGACCUGAAGAAUGUAUUUAAUGGCACAGUAUUGCAGCCAUUCACCCAUCUCUUAAUAAGAGCUUAAAGAUGCCAAACAUGUUCACAAAUGACUUUUUUUUAAUACACUUAAGAAAAAAGGGUAUGAGAAGUGGGUUUGUUCUUCAUAAUUGAUCUGUUUAUCUGUUUGUUGGUCUUAUAUGUGAUUUUCAUGAACAUAUUAAAAACUUUAUAUCAA